GCGCUGUGGCGCUUGUCGGGGGCGACUGCGGGAGCGUCUGCGGAGAAGCGAAAGCGAAAGCGCAGACCUGGCCAUGGCCGCCCGCGCCCGCCCGCUCCUAGUGCGCGUCCAUCCCUGCGAUAUCAACUCCGUGCGGAUGGAGAUGAAGCUGGAGGCUUACUUCCAGUCCCCCAAGAAGUCCGGGGGCGGCGAGUGCAAGGUGCGGGCGCGGGACGGGGAGCGGGGCCUCUACGCGGUCUGGUUCCUCUCCGAGGAAGCAAAGAACCAAGUGAAAGUCCGCGAACCCCACUGUAUUAGUUUUGAGGGUAGAAACCUGGACAUAUGCAUCUUGCCGAAUUCUGAAGUCGACGCAGUGGGCCCCGAAGGAAGACUGCUAGCAAACCACAGCAGUCCAGUAGCAGAGGCGUCUCCUGUUUUGAACACAAUGUCAGCGCAAAAUGAACUGGAAUGGAAGCCAGGUGGGAAACGUGCGGACGAUUUCGACCACCUGACCAAAAAGAUUUUUCUCAGUGUUUCUGCCACUUUGAAUACAGACCUGCUCACAAGAGAAGAGAGGGAUCAGGUGGCAACGUUGUUCCCCACUAUAAAAAUAGAUUUGUGUUCCAGCCAUAUUGGCAUAGAGAAGGUGCUGGGAGAUUACGACGACAUCCAGAAGUUGCACUCUCACUUUGAGAAAGUCCUUGGAAACUCUCACCGACACCGCAGUGCAUUUUUACCCCUGAAAGGACAGAAUUCUUUGGAAGAGAUGGAUGUGGAAAUGGAAAGUCUGAAAGAGGAAAGCAAGAAUGAUAUCGAAGUAAUGUCUAAUAUGGAGGUGCCUUCAGCUAUUUUUGAAUAUUAUAACCAGGUCUAUAAGGAAAAAGUUUUAGAAUUAGAGCAGAAAUGUAAUGCCAAACUGACCUGGAGCGACCAUGGAAAAGGUUUGACUUCUGUAAGGUUUGUUUCUCUCGGUACUCCAAACUCCAUUGAGAAAGCGCAACAGAAAUUUGUCAGUGCAUUUCAGAAAAUAACAUCAGUUUUAAAACAGGAAAUAAUUCCUUUCACCGACCGCCUCCACUUCACUAAGGCUCAGGAAUUGUUAAGCACCCAGUAUAAAAAUGUCCUUGUUAAAGCAGAGGGAAAGGAGUUGAUUCUCCGUGGCCCUGGAAGGGAGAUUUCAGCUGCUAAGAAUGCCAUCGAAGAAAUAAAGACAAAGCUCUCAGAGAAAAACCCAAAAACUAAUUCCCCAGAGAGUGGCAUUGAAGUCAAUGCUGAUACAUUUAAAUUUCUUGAACCCAUUUUGGCUAAAGACAUCGAGGCUAUAAACCAAAAGUAUGGCACUGAAAUAGACACAAAGCCUAGUGUAAAUAGUGGAAACCUCAUCAUCAUUUUUAAACCGAAGAGGUACACACAUCUAUAUGAGGUCCCAAAAGCUUACAACAGCUUCUUUGAAAUUUAUCUGAAGUGUGUAAGAGAACCCAGAGAGAAAAAAAUAUAUUGGAAUCUUCUAGAAGUUCAAAAAAAGUUACUGACCCAGUUCUUUCCACAACUGUGUACAGAACACCCCCAAGUAACUCUCCAAAACAAGGGGGAAGGUCAACUGAUCUUACAUGGUCUUCCAGAAGAUAUCUGUAAAGCUGAGAACCACAUCAAGACAUUUCUGGAAUCUGCCGUGGAUCCGCCUCCAUCUGUUUCUGCUUCCAGCACAGAAGCCAUGCUGGGUAGACCCUUUGAGCAAAACAGUGACCAUAGAAUGCAUCUUACCCAGGCAAAACAUCCUUCCCAGGAAAAAUCGGAUCUGAAAGCCAAAGAAGUGGAGCAAGAGGAGCAGUGCUCCAUCUGUAUGGAUAAAUUCAACCAGAAAGAAGUGUUGCCCAAAUGCAAGCACGAGUUUUGCAGAGAAUGCAUUCGAGAGGCCAUGAAGCACAAACCUGCCUGUCCUGUGUGCAAUGAAUUUUAUGGGAAAAUCGAAGGGAAUCAGCCCCCAGGGCAAAUGACUGUCACGAAAAAUUCUUGGCACCUUCCUGGUUAUGAGGGAUCGGGUACUAUCAACAUCACCUAUACCAUACCUGAUGGCAUUCAAACUGAAAACCAUCCACAUCCAGGCAAAAGAUUUUUUGGAACAAGUCGAAUAGCGUAUCUACCUGACAAUGAAGAAGGAAGAGAAGUUUUGAAGCUGCUUCGACGGGCCUUUGAUCAAAAAUUGAUUUUCACAGUGGGCGAAUCCCGCACAUCUGGCAUUAGUGAUGUGGUCACCUGGAAUGAUAUUCACCACAAAACAACCAUGCGUGGUGGUCCUCAAAGUUUCGGCUACCCAGAUCCUCAUUAUCUGAAACGUGUUAAAGAAGAACUGAAAGCAAAAGGAAUCGAAUGAGUGAUUUAUUUCCUGCAAGAAAUCCAAAAUGUAUACCUGUCUAAAGGCAGACCUCUUUUGCUAGCAUUUUGAAAAUGUUUGGAAGAAUGAAAUCUUGACUGUAAUACAAUUGCUGCUUAUCCGGUGCAAAAUUUUGAAUCACAGAAUAUUUAUGCAAGAGUUUAAAGCCCAGGUAGUGCUAAGCCUUGGCAAAGUUGUCUUUAAAGCUGUGUGAUAUCCUAAGCACACCAGAUUCAUAUUAAAUAAUGAUACAGUGCUAUCAUGCAUUUUGUUUAGAAUACUGCAUUGAUGUCUGUGUAAUGUGGAAAAUGAACUUGGUGCAACCAUUAUCGUGGUGACAUGACCGCAGUUGAAAAUUGUUUGUUUGUGUCUGAAGAUUAUAUUGUGAGGGGAUCACUCAUAUAUUACUAGAUCCCAUACCUGUAGUCCUAAAGUAUGACACUGGUGUUGGAUGUUGCCAUGUGAUUCUGCACAGGAGUUGUGCCUCUUUAUUUUGGGACUGCGAAGCAGAGAUCCUACUUUUAAAAAAAUGUUAUUUCUCAUGCUGCCCUGUACAUGGAGCAAUAUUAACCAUCUGUUGUUUUUAGUAUUGCUUCAGAUACAUUUUUUUCUAAAGAUUUUCUUCUUUUAAAUACUUUAGAUCAGUGGUUCUCAACCUGUGUGUCCUCAGAUGUUUUGGCCUUCAACUCCAGAAAUCCUAACAGCUGGUAAACUGGUUGGGAAUUCUGGGAAUUGUAGGCCAAAACACCUGGGGAACUGCAGGUUGAGAACCACUGCUCUAGAUGGAGAUGAUGCAUGGAAGCAGCUUACAUUGGCUUAUGGAUGAACAAGUAGUGGCUGUCCAGCUGUGACUGGACUAAACUCUUAUCAUCCCCUAGUCGGCAUUCAUAGUACUGAAGGAUAGUCUACCAAUAUCUGGAAGGCCACAUUAUUGCACAUCCAAGUUUUGCUGUUUGUGACCUAAUUUGACAUUUUUGGAGCCUUGACACGUCCUGUUGCCCAGUAUAAUAAUAUCUGGUACACUUUCAAUAGUAUUUUUGGAUUAGCAUUGCCACACUCUUGUUUUCUCUUCGUGUUGUAACCAGUGGGUGAGCUGUAUUUUCUUUUUAAGUCAUACCUAGUUUGAAGACACAAUGCUAAUUCUUCUUUCUUUCUUUCUUCAGCAUUAUGUGUUGCAUUUCCUGAUAAAGUUGCUUCCAAACAAUACUUUAUCUCACGUUGUUGCUCUUGCACAGAACAAGACAUUAAGAAAAAUACGGUUGGCUAGAUCAAGAAUAGAGUUUGAUAGAUGAAAAUAUAAUUAAGAAGGAAAUAAAAUUGCAUAUUCCA